AUGAACGCUGAGUCCAAGACACCAAGGCCGCUCAGUAAAGCAGUCAGAAGGUUCCGCUGUGUCUCCAUGGUGAACAGCCUGGCAAAGAACUGGCAAAAGUGGGCCAGCGAUCACACACACAAACAGAAAACGCAGCCUCUCGGUUGGCAGCCUGGUGGCUCUUCAGAAGACUAUGCCAAGAAGCCCACCCUGAAUGAGACCGAAAUCCAGCCGGCAAAAGUGCCACAAAUGGAUAUAAGAAGCAGCAGCUUCAAUGGGGAGAAUGUGGCAUCCAGCAAAGAGCAGAAGGAAUAUCAGGAAGCAAAAGUGUCCAUUCGGACUGUCACAGUAAACAAAACAGUCAGCACCAGACAAACUGCCAAGAGCAAUGAGCUGGUGAGUUUCAUGAGUGGCCGGUUCAACCAGCCAGUGCCGGAGGAGGCACCAAAGCCAUUUCUGGGUGACAGGUCACCCACCCGAAGGCGACUGCGUCUCAGCAAAGCGUCGGAGCUGGUGCAGUCAUGGAAGACAGCAGAGAAGGAAGGGCAGGACCUGGUGCCCAAAUGCAACUUGGCCAGCGAUGGUGGGAGAGAGAAGAGGAAAGAAGGGAUUGAGGAAGAGAGCAAAGACAAGGAUGGCACAGAUGACAGAGGGAAGAGGAAGAAGCUGGUCCAGAAAGUCCAGGUGCGCACAAUGGGAGAGCUGAAGAAAGUCUGGCUAAGGUGGGCAGAGGAUCAUAUUGAGAAGCAAAAACUCAACCCUUUCAGUGAUGACUUUGACUAUGACUACGCCAUGUCCUUCCGUCUAAAGAAGGGUGACCGGGGCUACGGGCGGCCAAAGGAGGGGAGCAAGUCCGCAGAGAGGGGCGAGCGAGCUCAGAGGCACAUCCGCAGAGAGAUCGAUGAACUCUGCUACAUCAUCAGGGACCUAGGGAUACAGGGGAAGGACGGGAUGACCCGAGUCACCUUCGGCCAGCUGUUUGACAGAUACGUCACCAUCUCAGAUAAAGUGGUGGGGAUUUUGAUGAGGGCUAGGAAACAUGGACUGGUGGACUUCCCAGGUGAGAUGUUGUGGCAGGGAAGAGACGAUGAUGUUAUUAUCACCCUCAUGGAAUUACAAAAUCCAGAGUAUUAG